AUGACAGAGGUUCUACCGAUUUCUUUGGUGAAUUUCAAUGCAGAUAGUGGUUAUUUAGAAGGUCUAGCACGUGGAAUUAAGGGUGGACUUCUAAAGCAAGCUGAUUACCACGUGCUAGUACAGUGUGAAACAUUGGAUGACCUAAAGCUCCACCUGCAUGAUACUGACUAUGGGGAAUUUCUUGCCAAUGAACCUGGACCUUUGACUGUGGGGAUCAUUGAAGAAAGAAUUCGCGAAAAGUUUGUGUCUGAGUUCCGACACAUACGCAACCAAGCUGUAUACCCAUUAUCUUUAUUCUUGGAUUACAUCACAUACAGCUAUAUGAUUGAUAAUAUCGUGCUUCUGAUAACAGGGACUCUCCAUGGAAGACCGAUAUCUGAACUUAUGACUAAAUGCCACCCUCUUGGAACAUUUCUGGAAAUGGAAACCCUGAAUAUUGCAACUAACCCAGCUGAGUUAUACAAUGCUGUACUCGUGGACACGCCUCUAGCUCCAUUCUUUAUUGAUUGUAUUUCGGAGCAAGACUUAGAUGAACUUAAUAUAGAGAUAAUACGUAACACUUUAUACAGGGCGUAUAUUGAAGAUUUUUAUGCCUUCUGUAAGUCACUGGGUGGAAUUACUGCGGAGGUGAUGUGUGAGUUGUUGGCAUUUGAAGCUGACAGAAGGGCGUUUAUCAUAACAAUCAAUUCAUUCGGAACAGAACUCUCAAACGAAGAUAGAUCCAAACUUUAUCCUCGCUGCGGAAAACUUAACCCUGAGGGGCUUGUUCAGCUUGCUAAGGCUAACGAUUACGAACAAGUAAAAUCCGUUGCAAGGUACUAUUCGAUGACCGCAGGUGGUACGAAUAAUUUUCGUGAUCUCUAUAAUGUAUCUCUGCUAUUUGGUUUUGGAUUUGUAAGGGCUGCUCGAUAAUUGUCUAGAUAUUAUCUCAAACUUCUGGUUAACGGAAUAUUUAUCAUGUCAUUCAAUCGCAUUUUUAUGUUCGUACAUCAAUCUAUACUGUCCUCUAGCUAGAUUUAAUCGCAAAUGUGUUUUAGGAAUCCUGUAGAAACAUAAUUUAUACCUCUACAUCACGCCUUUUAUUUACCUUUGUUUAUCGUCGUCCAAUGGCUAAUAUCAUUUCUUGAUAUUUAAACAUACUGUUUUCAUUAUAGAUCUUACGUCAAAAUUAUGAUUCAGUACUAUCCCAGACAAGCCAAGAAAUUUGUCAUUUUCAAUAAUUGUUACUAUCUACAACAAUGCUGUAACUCAUUUUUACCAAUU